CCUCCAGCUGCUUUCAUGAGGCAAGACAUGAGCUGGAUCCAUUGUGAAUGACUGGAGCUGUGCUAGCAGCAGCCUUUAUUAGUCCCUCACCCAGGACAGACAAUAAUCCAGUCCCAGUUUCUAACAAGCUGACUAGUGUGCUGAACCAUAGGGAAUGUAAACACUGCGGGAAAGCCUGGUUGAUUUUUUAAGCUGCAAAAGAUGAGACAUAUGGUUUCAAUAACCGCGUAUUGGCACGUUUCGUUGAAGCAUUUCUUUGAAGAGUGUUCGCUGAUGGCGAUCAAAGUAAAAAAAUGAUUAGAAUCUGGGGCACAAAGUUUUGGAUCACGUGUCUGAUCGUAGCCUUUUUUUUUCUCCUAGUUACAUUUCAGGUGGUGGUUGAACUAGGCAGAUUUGAAAAACAGAAGAAAAAAGGUAUUUCUUUACAGGAUUUACAACAGCAGAAACAAUCUCAAUCAUUGCUGACGGGAUUACCAGCAAAUCUUUUCCACAAAAGGUUUGACAAUGGAUGGGAGAAAUAUCCCAUCAUGCUUUGGUGGUCUCCACUGACUGGUGAGAAUGGAAGGCUGGGACGAUGUGGAGACAAUUCAUGUUUUUUCACUAUAAACAGAACAUACUUGCAUCAUCCUAUGACAAAAGCUGUCCUGUUUUAUGGCACAGACCUUAAUAUAGACAGUUUACCAAUUCCACGUAAAGGGCAUCAUGAAUGGGCUUUAUUUCAUGAAGAGUCUCCAAAAAACAACUACAAACUCUUCCAUCCACCCACCAUUACCCUUUUUAACCACACAGCAACAUUUAGCCGACAUUCACACUUGCCUUUGACAAGCCAGUAUUUGGAAGGUCUACAAAUACUAACAUCACUUGAGUACUUUGUGGCUGUGGGAAAAAAGAAUGCCCUAAGGAAGAAACUUGCUCCAGUAGUAUAUGUUCAAUCAGAUUGUGACCCGCCAUCAGAUCGCGAUACUUACAUUCAAGAACUAAUGAAAUACAUUCCUGUGGAUUCCUAUGGGGAAUGUUUACAUAAUCGAGAUCUCCCUUCAGAGGUGAACAACCCUUCAUUUAUGGAUCACGCACAGUUCUAUCACAUCCUUGCUCAGUAUAAAUUUAUCCUGGCAUUUGAAAAUGCAGUUUGUGAAGAUUACAUAACAGAGAAGUUGUGGAGACCCCUUAAGCUAGGAUCUAUACCCAUAUACUAUGGUGCCCCAAAUGUCGAGGACUGGCUACCUAGUAAUAAAAGUGCAAUCAUUGUUUCUAGAUUUACAAAUCCAAGAGAACUGGCAAGGUAUAUAAAACAGCUGGACAAAGUACAGCUUGUACAUGAAUUUUUAGAUUGGAAACUAAAAGGUCAUAUUAGCAACAUGCACUUGGUCACUGCCAUCAAGAAAGAAAAUGGGGUUGUACAAGAUGUAACACAAGACAAUUAUAUUGAUGCAUUUGAAUGCAUGGUCUGUACAAGAGUUUGGGAUAACAAAAGGCUGACAGAAAAGGGUCUAAAAGAAAAGCAGUGGAAAGCAGAGGUGACCUCACCUAACAUGUCCCGUGCCAGAAUCCUUUUCAUUCUUGCAAGAACGUGCAUCAAAGUCUCAAGUAUGAGAGACAUGUGGAAGCCCAGCGUUGAACAGUCAAAAAAGAGGCUCAGGCAUUCAGACUGCUGGUUGACAGAAACCAAAAAUUUUACCACUCAGGACUUUUGGAACCUUGUUUUCAAACAUUAAUCUGAGGUCUAGGCAUAUGCCAAAGAAUGCAGUUCUAUAUUCCUCAAAACAAAGUUAAAUGUAUGUUUAAAUACAUUUAGUUUAUAUUUACCUGAAUCUGUCUGUAUAUUAGCUUUGUAUAAAUUGCUACAUAUCA